UGAUUGAAUAAGUGAGGGACAGGAAUUGGCCUGUUUCUCAAAUUAAAAAGAGAUUUACUCAGUUUAUUUAUUGGUUUGUUUCAGUGAGCGAACUGAAAGAGACAAAGACUGCAGCCAGCGUGGGGUGCUGUGGAGAUCAAAGAGGUGUUUGCGCAUGGAUUUGAUUCUGGGGGGGGGGUCAACAAUUAGAGGAGGGGGGGCGGAUGGGGAGGAAAGGAGGAUGCAGAUUGGUGUGAUUUCUUACGGGAUGCCGGGCAGAACUCACCAUUAAUCACUGUCCGUUUUUAGAUUAGUGACAUUUCCGCGCUGGACGCACCCUGACCCCCCCCAUCUGUUUCAGGCAGACCUCCCCUGACCACCAUUGGAAGCCGGUUCCUCGUGCACAUUUGUGACGGUCUUCUAUUUUUUCCUUGUUCUCCUUUUUUUUUUUUUUCUUUUUGUCCGACGCAUGAAUUCUCCCACCGGAUCCUCCUCGGUGUUCUCUGCAGCUCCUGUCCUCCUCCUCUUCCUCCUCCUCCUCCUCCUCCUCCUGACUCUCACAGAGGGCACUACCCUCCUCCCUACCACUAAAGACAUUUCCAUCGUCCUCCCCUGCUCCCCCCAUCCGGACACGACCACCACCACCUCCUCCUCCUCCUCUUCCACUGUAACAUGUCGGGACAGUCUUUGACGGACCGGAUCGCCGCUGCGCAGCACAGCAUGACCGGCUCUGCCAUCAGCAAAGCCGUCUGCAAGGCCACGACGCAUGAAGUCAGCGGACCCAAGAAGAAACACCUUGACUACCUGAUCCACUGCACCAAUGAGCUGAACGUCAGCAUCCCCCAUCUGGCAGACACGCUGCUGGAGCGCACGACAAGCAACAGCUGGAUAGUGGUUUUCAAAGCGCUCAUCGCCACACACCACCUCAUGAUGUACGGCAGCGAGAGAUUGAUGCAGUACCUCGCCUCCAGAAACACGCUCUUCAACCUGAACAACUUUCUAGAUAAAGCUGCUCUGCAAGGGUAUAACAUGUCAACUUUCAUCAGACGCUACAGUCGAUAUCUGAAUGAAAAAGCCAUGUCCUACAGACUAGCAGCAGUGGACUUCACCAAGAUGAAGAGAGGGGCUGACGGUGUGAUGCGAACCAUGAACACAGAGAAGCUCAUCAAGACUCUGCCCAUCAUACAGAACCAGCUGGAUGCACUGCUAGAUUUUCAGCCAAACUCCAACGAGCUGACCAAUGGAGUGAUCAACACUGCAUUCAUGCUGUUGUUUAAAGACUCCAUACGGCUGUUUGCUGCUUAUAACGAGGGUGUCAUCAACAUGUUGGAGAAAUACUUUGACAUGAAGAAGAAUCAGUGCAAAGAAGCGUUGGAGAUCUACAAGACCUUCCUGAACAGAAUGACUAAACUAUCUGAGUUUCUCAAAGUGGCAGAGUCAACAUUACGAGUUGGGAUAGAUCAGGGCGACAGCCCCGAUCUCACACAGGCUCCCAGCUCCCUCCUGGAGGCUUUGGAGCAGCAUCUUGCUUCCCUGGAAGGCAGGAAGCUCAAAGACCUGUCUACUGCCAGCAGAUCCAGCACCUUGUCGAGCACAGUGUCGUCCCUCUCCAGUGCUGGCAUCUCUCUCAGCCGCAUGGAUGACAAGACGGAGGACAACCGGCUGCAGCAACAUAAGGAGGACGGUCACAAAGUGAUCGACAUUCAGACGCCUACUGUUUCGCCCAGCACCCAGUCGGUGGGCAGUGCCAACAGCAGCGGAGGGGCCACAGAUCUCUUCUCAAGCUCACCCAGCGUAUCCAUCAAUAACCAUGUGCCAAACCUGAGCGGCGAGUUGUUCGCCCUGCAGCCCAGCUUCACCCCCAUCCAGACCACACACACUGUGCCCAACAACAGCAAUGCAUGGGGAGGAGACCUGCUAAAGCCUUCCCCACUUACUCAGAUUCACAGCCCUGGAGCUCCAUUACACUCUGGUAAAAUGCUGCCCAAUGAUUUGGAUUCUUCACUAGCAAACUUGGUCGGGAACCUGCAGUUUGGGGGCACACCAGCCAAAAAGCCAGAGUUCCAGUGGAACCAGAUAGUGGAGAAGAAACCCACAGGAGGGAGCGGCUGGCAGUCAAAGACUAUGUGUACCAACACCAACUGGACUCAUGCUGCCCAUCACAUGGCACCUGCACCCAUGGCGGUCCCUCAGAUGAAUGGGAUGAUCUAUACGGGAUAUGCUCCAGCACCAGUGGCUUUUCCUAUGACGACACCCCAAGUGCCUGUGUAUGGAAUGCUCCCCCCUCAGAUGAGUCAUCAAAUGGGGGGCGUUCAAAUGUUACCCCCACAGCCUGUCAUGUACAACCAGCCUGUCCUGAGACCCACCAAUCCUUUUGGACCCAUCCCUGGUACACAGAUGCACUUCAUGUAGAGAUGAUGUUGUAACCAUAGCAGCAAAGCUGAGAGAAAAGAGGCAAGAGAAAGAGAUCGAAAAGAAAGAGCUGUCAGCAAACACAAGUAUAUAACCAAAUCCAGUGCAGGACGAAGAAAGAAUGUCGAGGGAAUGGAAGGACCAGACCAGAGGAUUAGGAGAAGAUGAAAUACUGAUGUCAAUUUAUUGUUACUUCACCUUCUAUUCUCCAUGUGGCUUACAGAUUAGUCUGUCUUUAACCCAUGAGUGCAAACCUGGAGAGUCAGAGGCUCCUCAUCAGUUCAACGCAACUUAUCUUUGGCCUCUUCAAAUGGCAAUCCCAGCCUAUGCUGACAUUGAAGAGACUGACAGCUAUAUGGAAGUUCUUCACCUUCUCCUGAGCCAAUUCUCGUGUUAAUAACCUUUAUGAAGACUAACCUGCAUCUCUCCGCAUCCAACAUGUGAAUCAAACUUGGAGGGCAAACAUCCCUUUCUCUGAUUCGACCAUUUGCUGGCACUUUACUCAAUGUGAACUAUUGCCAAGGGUGUGUUUCUGCGUAGAUGAUCCUAGCAUUUUGUUCCGAUUGGUUCCUGAUUGCUUGUCGUUCAUGACUUGAUAUUAGUGGUUUGAGUGUGUGCAGAUGUUUGCUUUUAUUUUUAUACAUUUCUGCAAGCUGCAUCAACAUUUUUUUUUGUCUUAAAUGCGUUAAACAAUGAUUUUCAAGUAUGCCUGUUUGACUGUAGAUGGACGUAGCUCUUUAGAGUGUGAACUCUGUGUGGAUGUGUAUAAAUUAUCUUUUGGUACCUGAUGUCACAACUGUGUUGCCAGGUGCCAUUGUGUUACUGCACUGGAACUAACCGAUGAAAGCACUGAGCCAGACCCAGCUAUUGCAUUUGGAUGUAAACAGACCUCUCAUACUAACUUUGCUAUUUGGGGACAUGCUGUACACAUUGUUUUUCCUUUUCGUU